UAUGGUAACCCUGCAAGUGCAAAAAUAAAUGGCUGAUGGCAUUUGAAAGAAGUUCGUUAUGUGUUAUUUUCUGUGUGUAAAGUAUUAUUUAAUUGUAACAGCCAUUAUUUCAUUUACUAUUGUUUACUUUAUUAAACGUUUGUUUUCCGCUAAAAUGUCUUUGAGUCAUUCAGAUGAAUUAAGUGACGAUGAAGUGUUUUUCGGAAAGCUGACUUUAAAAGAAUUAAAGAAACAUAUAUUAUGGGAUAAACAACAGAAAACAAUUCAUCCUGCAACUGCAAUAAAUAGCCCGAUUUGUCCUGAUGAUCUCAAUGAAAGUUUAAAAUUAUUACAAGCUCAUUCACAACCGAAUUUACUAAACCACAAAGACACAUCUAAUUGUAAUGAACUUGAUGGAUCUGGGUGGGAUGUAAAAGCUGUUGAUGACAGUUUUAUUAAAAUGGAAGAUAUGGUGGCAAAAUUAUGUGUAUCACCAAAAAAGAGUGGAAAUGCUGGGGAACUGAAUAAUACACUAGAAGUUAUUGAAUAUAUCUUAAAUAAUCCUCCUAGUAGUACUAAAGAUAAGACUGACAAAGCUGAACUGAAUAAUAAAUAUACUUCAACUGAGAAUGAAGUUAAUAAAUCUCCAACAAAAAACCACAAGGAAGACAAAUGUAAAGAAGCAUCUAAACCUCCAGAACCUCCUCAGAACACCCCUGUUAAAACUAAUCAUCAGAUCCAUAAACAUACUGAAGGAUAUUCAACUCCAAGAGACAUGAAACAAAAACCUAUUUUUAAAACACCAGCCCAACCUACAUCACUUAAAAAGCCUUCUGCUACUUCAUUGAAGAAGACUCCUAGUCGAUCUAAUGCUUAUCAGCAUAUUAGCAGUCCAGUUGCUUCAUAUAUCAAAAACUGUCCUAUAGUACCAUUAGUUAAGGAUGUCCAUCCAAAAAAACCAUUGCCUGGGACUUCAUCUAUUCCAAAAAUUGUCAAGAACACUUUACCAGUAGCUAAACCAAGCAAUAAGGAAAAUGUGAACCUGCCAUCAGUUGCAUACAAGAGUGCUAAGAAAACCAGAGUGAUUGACAUGCCAGAUGAUCAGAAACUGCCACAGAGUCAAUGGGCAAAGAAAAUAAUGACCAGUUUACCAAGACCACUAGUUAUGAAACAUGAUCACCGGGAGUUGAAUUAUGCGAAGAAAAAACUUAUGCCUCAACAAGAAGACAGUUUUGCUGAUCUCUCGUACCACCAGGCUGAAGUCUCUGUGUGCACACAGAAGUCUGCAUUUAAGUCUAACAAAAAUUUUUGAGUUGUGUUGACUUAGUCAUGUCCUAUUAUUAUACUAUUGACUUAACAUUAUGAUAUGUAUUUUAUUAUUAAUUUCAAAUUAUACAGUGAUGUUUUAAUAUAGUUUCUUGUUUUAUUACACUAUUCACAAUGUUAUGAUUUGACUCAGUAUCCAUCUGAGGUAUUUACAUUUAUCCAUCUGAGGUAGCACAAUCAGUAGUAUCUACCGAUUGUAUAACUAUUGAAUCAACCAGGCGAAGUUACAAAGCUACCAAGGUUUGUUCAACUGGAAGAGUAUUAUAAAACGCACAAUUAUAGUAAUUAACACUUUUAUUUCAUAAAUGGUAAUAUCAAGUUCCUUGUAUAAGUACAUAAUAAGAGUUGUAAAGGUGGUACAGCAUGUGAGGCUGCAUACAAAGAGAAGAGCAUUGUAUGCUCGAAUUACAAACAAUGUAAUAUUAUUGGAAAUUGUAUAAUAUUUGUGCCAAGUCUCAUUGUGCAGGAUUGGUAUUUACUAUCCAUAACAUUAUUAGGCAGAAUAAAUGCAUUUAUCUUAAGGUUAUGUACUACAUGUUAACAUUGUAUAUCUUUAAAUAUGUACUAAAAUAGUAAAGAUUAGUUGAAUAGAGCAGGCACGUCCUAUGCGACAUUUCUUAUUACAUAUAUUUGGCUCUUACUAAAGAGUAUAUUUUGCUUACGAGCCUUUAAAUAUAUAUAAAGCUACAUAUAUUUUUUAAGAUCUAUACGUAAAUAGUAUACCAAAUAGCAUUUUUAAAAACAAAUUCAUAGUGUGUAAUUGAAAAUCCUGCAUCAAUAUUUGAACUCAUGCAUACUGGGCUACUAAAUUACACCAACAGUAAUAAGUUACAAGUAAAUAAAUAAUUGUUUGUUUUUUAACAUUCCAUUGACCAGUGUAGUUUUGUUAGGUCUAUAUCUGAACCCAUAUUACACACAUGUAUACAUAUUUGUGCGUGCCUGUAAAUUUUAAUUAUCUUACGUUGCCGGCCAUGUCUUUUACGUAUAAAACAAGCCAUUGAGACUUUGGUUACGAACAUUUUACCAAAAUUAUAUUAUAG